GUAACAUCUGUCACAUCUUUUGUUUGGACAGAUUCAUUCAAGAAGCUCAGCUAAACGGUACGGAAAUACGCAACGAAGGUUUCCCUCAACAUGACGUCACGUGUUGGUCUCAGAGCUGCUGGUGCCAAUGGAAGUGUGUACAGACACAAAGAGAGGGUGGCCCCAUCUUACCAAAUGAGUGCCUCCCUGAAGUCAGAGGUGCGCAAGUUAAACCUGGUCCACCUUCUCCUCUGGCUUCUGGUGGCGGCACAGGUGACUGUCAGCCACUUAAACCUGUUGUCACAUGACACAGUAUCCAUGCCGUACCAGUGGGAGUACCCCUACCUGCUCAGCCUCCUCCCUCUGCUCUGCAGCAGCUUGUCACUGCCAAAGAACAAUAUCAGUUACCUGGUCAUAUCCAUGAUCAGUGCAGGGUUGUUUUCCGUGGCGCCUCUCAUUUAUGGUGGAAUGGAGAUGUUUCCUGUGGCGCAGCAGCUCUACCGCCACGGAAAGGCCUACCGCUUCAUUUUUGGCUUCUCUGCAGUGACUGUUAUGUACCUCAUCAUGGUGGUUGCUGUUCAAGUGCACGCUUGGCAGUUGUAUUACAUGAAAAAGCUGUUAGACUCAUGGUUUGACGCUACUCAGGAGAAGAAGCAGAAAUAAUGGCGUGAAGAAAGCUGUGACUGGGCAAAACUGUUUUUAUCUUAAUUUAUUUACAAGUUAUGCAUCUUAAUCAUGUCUAUUUAUUUAGUCAUUAUCAUGUAAUAUUGUACCUUAGACACCGGUGUUCCCUGACAUUUAUAUGUAAAACAGAGUGAGAUGAACAAUUUAUGCAGGAACCUGGAUUUUCUUGUCAUCGUUAUUUAUUUAAAGCAGAUUAAAGUGUUUUGCACACAAGCAGGAGUGGCAUCAAAGCAACAUCGACAAACAUGGCAGCAUUCAAGGACAUCCUUGUUAUCUCUCAAAAAAUGAUUUGACUUCAAGUUCUUUUAUUUAUUAUAUAACAAUUACAGAGAAGCAGUUGUCUGCAAUGAAAAUCUUUAAAGGGAGCACCACCUAAAUUAUGAAUUCAUAUAUGCUUUUUCCAUGGCCAAGUAAAGUUUAGCCAAUAUUUGAGAACAUGAGCUGCCCCCUCUCAAAGCCAGAAACCUGAGAAGUAAGUCUCGAGCUUGUGAUGUCACAGGGUAUCAAGUCUGGAGCUGCUCCAUAGAUAAUAAAUAGGAGCCUGAUUUUUGUGGACCCACAGGAUGUUUGUUUUGUUUUGUCAUGUCCAAAUGUGCAUUAUUCUAUUGUGUUCUCAGCUCUGAACCUGAGAAUAUACCGAUAUACUUAGAACAUUCCCCUGGGUGCUCUCAGUGUCAUCUGUAACAUCUUCAUCAUUUAUUGUCUGUGGAGCAUCACAGAAUUGAGAUUUAGUUCUCUAGUUUAGAAAUAGUUUAGAAAUAGAAACGUAAAAUAUGAAUAUAUACUGUUUGUGUUAAAUGAUUUAGCUUCUGCUGCAGAUGUGCUGAUGCUGCCUCCUUCAUUAAGUCUACCUCUCACUAUGUCCUCUUUUACCCCACAGAAUUAAUUUAAGCCAUUAAAAAAGAAAGGUGGUAAUUUAAAUAUCUGCCUGUACUGUUCUGUUUUCAGGUAUUCUCAUUCGUUAUCAUAAAGCAAGUGUACAUGCA